CGCCCCCGGCCUCGCGAGGCGGAGUCCGGGCGGCCCGCUCCCUAGCGAGGAGGCGCCGUCGGCGGCCUGGCCUGUGACGGAAAUAAAUAGAGAAACAGAUAUAUUUAUUGGUACUAUUUUGUUUGGUGGCAAAAAGGGAAAAUGGCGAACGACUCCCCUGCAAAAAGUCUGGUGGACAUCGACCUCUCCUCCCUGCGGGAUCCUGCUGGGAUUUUUGAGCUGGUGGAAGUGGUUGGAAAUGGCACCUAUGGACAAGUCUAUAAGGGUCGACAUGUUAAAACUGGUCAGCUGGCGGCCAUCAAAGUUAUGGAUGUCACUGAGGAUGAAGAGGAAGAAAUCAAACUAGAGAUAAAUAUGCUGAAGAAAUAUUCUCAUCAUAGAAAUAUUGCAACAUAUUACGGUGCUUUCAUUAAGAAGAGCCCUCCAGGACAUGAUGACCAGCUCUGGCUUGUUAUGGAGUUCUGCGGGGCUGGGUCCAUUACAGACCUUGUGAAGAACACCAAAGGGAACACACUCAAGGAAGACUGGAUAGCUUACAUCUCCAGAGAAAUCCUGAGGGGACUGGCACAUCUUCAUAUCCAUCACGUGAUUCACCGGGACAUCAAGGGCCAGAAUGUAUUGUUGACUGAGAAUGCAGAGGUGAAACUUGUUGAUUUCGGUGUGAGUGCUCAGCUGGACCGGACAGUUGGGAGGAGAAAUACAUUCAUAGGCACCCCCUACUGGAUGGCUCCUGAGGUCAUUGCCUGUGAUGAGAACCCAGAUGCCACCUAUGAUUACAGAAGUGACCUUUGGUCUUGUGGCAUUACAGCCAUUGAAAUGGCAGAAGGUGCUCCCCCUCUCUGUGACAUGCAUCCAAUGAGAGCACUGUUUCUCAUUCCCAGAAACCCUCCUCCCAGGCUGAAGUCAAAAAAAUGGUCAAAGAAAUUUUUUAGUUUUAUAGAAGGGUGCCUGGUGAAGAAUUACAUGCAGCGGCCCUCCACCGAGCAGCUUUUGAAACAUCCUUUUAUAAGGGAUCAGCCAAAUGAAAGGCAAGUUAGAAUCCAGCUUAAGGACCACAUAGACCGGACCAGAAAGAAGAGAGGAGAGAAAGAUGAAACCGAAUAUGAGUACAGCGGGAGUGAGGAAGAAGAGGAAGAAGUGCCUGAGCAGGAAGGAGAGCCAAGCUCCAUUGUCAACGUGCCUGGUGAGUCGACGCUUCGUCGGGAUUUCUUGAGACUGCAACAGGAGAACAAGGAACGUUCCGAGGCUCUUCGGAGACAGCAGCUACUGCAGGAGCAACAGCUCCGGGAGCAAGAAGAAUAUAAAAGGCAGCUGCUGGCAGAGAGGCAGAAACGGAUUGAGCAGCAGAAAGAACAGAGGCGGAGGCUGGAAGAGCAACAAAGGAGAGAACGUGAAGCUAGAAGGCAGCAAGAACGUGAACAGCGAAGGAGAGAACAAGAAGAGAAGAGGCGUCUGGAGGAACUGGAAAGAAGACGUAAAGAAGAAGAAGAGAGGAGACGGGCAGAGGAAGAAAAGAGGAGAGUUGAAAGAGAACAGGAGUAUAUCAGGCGACAGCUAGAAGAGGAGCAGCGGCACUUGGAAAUCCUUCAGCAGCAGCUGCUCCAGGAGCAGGCCAUGUUACUGGAGUGCCGAUGGCGGGAGAUGGAGGAGCACCGGCAGGCAGAGAGGCUCCAGAGGCAGUUGCAACAAGAACAAGCAUAUCUCCUGUCUCUACAGCAUGACCACAGGAGGCCGCACCCGCAGCAGCAGCAGCCACCGCAGCAGGAAAGGAGCAAGCCAAGCUAUCACGCUCCAGAGCCUAAGCCCCACUAUGAGCCCACUGACAGAACCCGAGAGGUGGAAGAUAGAUUUAGGAAAACUAACCACAGCUCCCCUGAAGCCCAGUCUAAGCAGACAGGCAGAGUAUUGGAGCCACCAGUGCCUUCCAGAUCAGAGUCUUUUUCCAAUGGCAACUCCGAGUCUGUGCAUCCUGCCCUGCAGAGACCAGCUGAGCCACAGGUACAGUGGUCCCACCUGGCAUCUCUCAAGAACAAUGUUUCCCCUGUCUCGCGAUCCCAUUCCUUCAGUGACCCUUCUCCUCCCAAAUUUGCACACCACCAUCUUCGCUCUCAGGACCCAUGUCCACCUUCCCGCAGUGAGGUGCUAAGUCAGAGUUCUGACUCUAAGUCGGAGGUACCUGACCCCACCCAAAAGGCUUGGUCUAGAUCAGACAGUGACGAGGUGCCUCCAAGGGUUCCUGUGAGGACAACAUCUCGUUCCCCUGUUCUGUCGCGUCGGGAUUCCCCACUGCAAGGCAGUGGACAGCAAAAUAGCCAAGCAGGUCAAAGAAACUCCACCAGCAGUAUUGAGCCCAGGCUGCUGUGGGAGAGAGUGGAGAAGCUGGUGCCCAGGCCCGGCAGUGGCAGCUCCUCGGGGUCCAGCAACUCAGGAUCCCAGCCUGGGUCUCAGAGCGGCUCUGGGGAGCGCUUCAGAGUGAGAUCGUCAUCCAAAUCUGAAGGCUCUCCAUCUCAGCGCCUCGAAAAUGCAGUGAAAAAAUCUGAAGAUAAAAAGGAAGUUUUUAGACCUCUCAAGCCUGCUGGUGAAGUGGAUUUGACUGCACUGGCCAAAGAACUUCGAGCAGUGGAAGAUGUGCGACCGCCACACAAAGUGACAGACUACUCCUCAUCCAGUGAAGAGUCAGGGACAACAGAUGAAGAAGAUGAUGAAGUAGAACAAGAAGGAGCCGAGGAACCCACCUCUGGACCCGAGGACACCAGAGCAGCGUCAUCUCUGAAUUUGAGCAAUGGUGAAACAGAAUCCGUGAAAACCAUGAUUGUCCAUGAUGAUGUAGAAAGUGAACCAGCCAUGACUCCAUCCAAGGAGGGCACUCUAAUCGUCCGCCAGAGUACAGUUGACCAAAAGCGCGCCAGCCAUCAUGAGAGCAAUGGCUUUGCCGGUCGCAUUCACCUCUUGCCAGAUCUCUUACAGCAAAGCCAUUCCUCCUCCACUUCCUCCACCUCUUCCUCCCCAUCCUCCAGCCAGCCGACACCCACCAUGUCCCCACAGACACCCCAGGACAAGCUCACUACUAAUGAGACUCAGUCCGCUAGUAGCACACUCCAGAAACACAAAUCUUCCUCCUCCUUUACACCUUUUAUAGACCCCAGAUUACUACAGAUUUCUCCAUCUAGUGGGACAACAGUGACUUCUGUGGUGGGAUUUUCCUGUGAUGGAAUGAGACCAGAAGCCAUAAGGCAAGAUCCUACCCGGAAGGGCUCAGUGGUCAAUGUGAAUCCCACCAACACUAGGCCACAGAGUGACACCCCAGAGAUUCGUAAAUAUAAGAAGAGAUUUAACUCCGAGAUUCUGUGUGCUGCCUUAUGGGGAGUGAAUUUGUUAGUGGGUACAGAGAGUGGCCUGAUGCUGCUGGACAGAAGUGGCCAAGGGAAGGUAUAUCCUCUGAUCAACAGAAGACGAUUUCAGCAAAUGGAUGUCCUUGAAGGCUUGAAUGUCUUGGUGACAAUAUCUGGCAAAAAAGAUAAGUUACGUGUCUACUAUUUGUCUUGGUUACGAAAUAAAAUACUUCACAAUGAUCCAGAAGUUGAGAAGAAGCAGGGAUGGACAACCGUGGGGGAUUUGGAAGGAUGUGUACACUAUAAAGUUGUAAAAUAUGAAAGAAUCAAAUUUCUGGUAAUUGCUUUGAAGAGUUCUGUGGAGGUCUAUGCGUGGGCACCCAAGCCAUAUCACAAAUUUAUGGCCUUUAAGUCAUUUGGAGAAUUGGUACAUAAGCCAUUACUGGUGGAUCUCACUGUUGAGGAAGGCCAGAGGUUGAAAGUGAUCUAUGGAUCCUGUGCUGGAUUUCAUGCUGUUGAUGUGGAUUCAGGAUCAGUCUAUGACAUUUAUCUACCAACACACGUAAGAAAGAACCCACACUCUAUGAUCCAGUGUAGCAUCAAACCCCAUGCAAUCAUCAUCCUCCCCAACACAGAUGGCAUGGAGCUUCUGGUGUGCUAUGAAGAUGAAGGGGUUUAUGUGAAUACCUAUGGAAGAAUCACCAAGGAUGUGGUUCUGCAGUGGGGAGAGAUGCCAACAUCUGUAGCAUAUAUUCGAUCGAAUCAGACGAUGGGCUGGGGAGAAAAGGCCAUAGAGAUCCGAUCUGUGGAAACUGGUCACUUGGAUGGUGUGUUUAUGCACAAAAGGGCUCAAAGACUAAAAUUCUUAUGUGAACGCAAUGACAAGGUCUUCUUCGCCUCCGUUCGGUCUGGUGGCAGCAGUCAGGUUUAUUUCAUGACAUUAGGCAGGACUUCCCUUCUGAGCUGGUAGAAGCAUUGUGAUGAGGAUUGCUGGCCCCCAGAGUCUUCAAUGAGAUCCUGAGAACUUGGAAUUCCUUGCAACUGGAGCUCAGAGCUGCACCGGUGUAGUCCAGGACAGCUGUGUAUGCAGACACCACGUGUGGGGUGUUUCGUUUCGUUUCAUUUCCUUUCUGCACCUCUUACCAGUUUAUCCCCCUUCUCUUCUUUCCCCUACUCAAAAAUAAAUCAAGGCUGCAAUGCAGCUGGUGCUGUUCACAUUCUA